AUGGGGUGCUGCCCAGGGGACUGCUUCGCCUGCUGCACCCAGGAGCAAGACUGCUGUGAGAUGUGCUGCUGCCAGCCCAGCUGCUGCGGCUCCUGCUGCGGCUGCUGCGGCUCCUGCUGCGGCUGCGGAGGCUCCGGCUGCGGAGGCUCCGGCUGCGGAGGCGGAGGCAGCUGCUGCGGGUCUUCCUGCUGCGGGUCUUCCUGCUGCGGAUCUGGCUGCGGGGACGGCGGCUGUGGCGGCUGCGGGGGCGGCGGCGGCUGCUGCGGCUCCGGCUGCUGCGGCUCCGGCUGCUGCAGCUCCGCUGGCUGCUGCGGCCCGGUGUGCUGCCAGCCCACGCCUGUCUGCGACACGAAGUGA